AUGAUUGGCCAGCAGAAGCUUCUCUCGCUGUGGGUUUUGCUGUUGCUCACUGCAGCUCUGUGCCCAGGUGUGAACAGUAAGCGUGGCUUUAAGGGUCGUGGAAAAGGUGAUGAUGAUGAUGAUAAAGCGCCUUCCUCUCCAAGUAAAAGCCUCUCCAAGAAGGGCCUGAAGUGGGCGGGAGCAGCAGCAGCAGCCGGGAUGCUGGGAGGCACCGGCACCGGACUGGGGUUCUUUGGUAAAGGAAAACACGGAUCUGGGAAACAUCAUGGCCACAAGACGUCCUCUUCCGAGCAUGAUCAGCGGCCUCAUCACAAUGAAAACCAGAGAUUUCACAACCAUUCCCUCUGGAGAGCCUUUGUUAAGUCAGCUGCCCCCGCUCCUACUACUAACAUCUGCCUCACACUUGGGAAUGUGUUGUCCUUCCUGAUAGCAGCCUGGAUCAGGGACUUUUGAGCAACGUCCGAUCACAGGAAAAGCAUUCAGUCAUUAAACCAAAUGAA